AUGGUCUGGGUUUUCCUAGAUCUGCUGGUCUUAUUUCGUCCGUCGCUUCAGGUCGUCGCCAUGGGAGCGGACCCCAGCCCGCGCUACGCGCCCCCGGAUCCCACGCUGCCCGCCCCUUGGCGGGGGCUGGUCGAUGGCUCUACAGGCUAUCUCUACUAUUGGAACCCCGACACUAACCAGACGCAGUACGAGCGCCCGGGCGGGCCUGCUCCCGCCGGCGGAGCCGCAGGGGGAGCGGCGGCGGUGAACGGCGCGAGUGCGAAGAGCGCGCAGCAGAAUGGGGUCCACGGGGGGAUAGGCGAUGGGGGAGCGCAGAAGACCGCGGCAGCGGCAGCAGCAGCGGCGGCGGCGGCGGCAGCGGUUGGCGGUGGUGGCGUUCAGCACGCCAACGGCGCGGCAGCGUCCUCCGAUGACGUGGCGGCGUACAAGCGAAAGCACGAGAUUACCGUCGUGGGAUCAAACAUAGCGCCGUUCCUAACCUUCGAGGCUGCAAAUUUCCCCUCUGACAUCUACCGCGAGCUCAAGGCGGCGGGUUUCCCCACACCCACGCCGAUCCAAGCGCAGUCGUGGCCCAUAGCGCUCUCAGGCUCGGACGUGGUUGCCGUGGCUAAGACAGGCUCGGGGAAGACGAUCGGGUACCUGCUGCCAGGGUUCGUGCACCUGCAGCAGCGGCGCAACAACAGCCGCCAGGGCCCGACGGUGCUGGUGCUGGCGCCCACGCGCGAGCUGGCGACGCAGAUCCACGCGGAGGCGGUUAAGUUCGGGCGAUCGUCGCGCAUCACCAGCACGUGCGUGUACGGCGGCGCGCCCAAGAACCCCCAGCUGAGGGAGCUGCAGUACGGGGCGGACAUUGUGAUUGCAACGCCAGGCCGCCUUAACGACUUCCUGGAGGCCAACCAGAUCAGCCUGCGCCAGGUGUCCUACCUGGUGUUGGACGAGGCGGAUCGCAUGCUGGACAUGGGAUUCGAGCCGCAGAUCCGCAAGAUAGUGGCGCGCGUGCCCGGGCGGCACCAGACACUCAUGUACACGGCCACGUGGCCGCGCGAGGUGCGGCGCAUUGCAGAGGACCUGCUCUCCUCGCCCGUGCACGUCACCAUCGGCAGCACCGACCAGCUCGUCGCUAACAAGUCCAUCACGCAGAUCAUCGAGCUGCCAGCGCCAUACGAGAAGCAGCGCCGGCUGGAGCAGAUCCUGCGCUCGCUCCCGCGCGGCGCCAAGGCCAUAGUCUUCUGCUCCACCAAGCGCAUGUGCGACCAGCUGGCUCGCUCCCUCGACCGCUCCUUCGGCGCCGCCGCAAUCCAUGGGGACAAGUCCCAGCCCGAGCGCGACCACACUCUGGCCCAGUUCCGCUCCGGUGCCAUGCCCACGCUGGUUGCUACGGACGUUGCCGCGCGCGGGCUCGACGUGAAGGACAUCCGGUGUGUGAUCAACUAUGAUUUUCCCACGGGAGUGGAGGAUUAUGUUCACCGGAUUGGGCGGACGGGGCGCGCCGGAGCGACGGGGACUGCGUACACGUUUUUCGGGCCGCAGGACGGGAAGUAUGCGAGGGAGUUGAUCAAGGUGCUGGAGGGAGCCGGGCAGGUGGUCCCUCCUGAGUUGCACCAGAUGGCUGCUAGUGCUGGGCCGGGGCGAGGGAUGUCCAGAUGGGGCGCCGCAGCGGCACCCUCGGUGCGUCGCUCUUCGCUGUCCCAUGCCCUCGGGACCGCCGCUCCGCCUUCCGCGGAGUUCGCGCCUGCUGCUACCGCCAGCGCCGCUACCGCGCCUUCCAAAUUGUCGCGCAAGUCUGGGCGGUGGGAUUUCUUUCGCUGGGCGGACGAGGAGGAGGACGAGUUAAAUGAAGCGGAGGAAGUUGACGGGGAGGGGGAAGAGGCGGAGGAGGAAGCGGAGGAGUCUGAAGAUUUCUUAUGCGCGAGUCCCGCCGCCAUUCGCGGCAGCGAGCUGCGAUGGGGUCGCGAGAGCGAGCGCAUGAGCGCCAGCUUCAGCGGCGUCGAUCGCGGCGGCAGCAGGAUGGCUGUGACUGCGACUCGAAGCGAUAGCAGCGCUGCCGUUGGCGGAGCCAUUUGCGGCGUCGAUCGCGGCGGUGCGCACAGCGGUGCCGGCGAGAUCGACCAACGCGAUCAACGCGACCGUUGCGACUCGUCCCCGAAUCCGCAGUUCGGUGAAGGCCAUUCCCUGACUGAUUCCUCCUCCGCGCUCCAUGCUUCCGCCGUUUCGCCGCGCGUCCCUGCCGUGUCGCUGGCUCUAGCGGAGCCGUAUACGCUUUUGGAGUUCCCCGCGAGGGGGACGAGCGGAAGCAGCGCGGCUGCGCCUCCCCCCGUCUCUCCCCCAGUCUCCCCGCCCGUCCUGGCGCUCCUCUCCGCCGCGCGCGCGGGGCUGGCGGCGGGCGCGCAGCCGGUCUCCGCGCACGGGGGCCUGGGCGGAGCGUACAUCUUCCGCGACGAGUCUUGCGCCAACCUCGCGAUUGUGAAACCCGCGGACGAGGAACCGCUUGCGCCCAACAACCCCAACGGGUACGUGGGGCGCGCGCUGGGGCAGCCGGGGCUGAAGCGGAGCAUCCGCGUGGGGGAGGCGGCGGGGCGGGAGGUGGCGGCGUAUGUUCUGGACCAUGGCGGGUUCGCGGGCGUGCCGUGCACCGCGCUCGUGUGGGCCGCGCACCCCGUGUUCCACCGGUUCGAGGAGCACGAUUUCGACGCGAGCGAGCACGGCACGUCGCGCUUCCCCGUUUCCGCCGUGCACCGCAUGGGCAUUCUCGACGUGCGCCUGCUCAACACGGACCGCCACUCGGGGAACAUCCUCGUCAAGCGCCUCGGCGGCUCCGCGGGCGAGGAGGAGCGGCGCGGGGGGACGGGAAGGAGGGGUGGUUCCGCGCACGCGCGGUCGCUCCUGCGCGCGGAGGACGACGUGCGGCUGAUCCCCAUCGACCACGGGUUCUGCUUGCCUGAGACGCUGGAGUCCGCUUACUUUGAGUGGCUGCACUGGCCGCAGGCCUCUCUGCCGUUUUCCGCGGACGAGCUCGAGUACAUAGCCGCGCUGGACGCCGCGCGGGACGCGCAGCUGCUGCGCGCGCACCUCCCCGCCAUCCGCGCGGGCUGCCUGCGCGUGCUCGCGGUCACCACGACGCUGCUGCAGCGCGCGGCGGCGGCGGGGAUGACUCUGGCGGGGAUAGGCGCGCUGAUGACGCGCGAGGUGCAGGGGCGGGAGGAGCGCCCGAGCGAUUUAGAAGUGGCGUGCUGGGAGGCGCUGCAGGGAGGAGGAGGGGAGUGA